CAUCCUGUUAGUUUUUCCCCGCUUUUUGCAACUUCAGUGUUGUGCGUGCUACGCAGUACCCGCGUGAUACAUAAUUAAACUAAUGCUAUUGUUGCAUAGUUUCGCUACCUGUUUUUAUACCAGGAUCAGUUUUCUUGUUCUUCGUUAGUGUUGGUGAUCGUAGUUUUGAUCUUUCAUAGAGUCGAUCUGGAGGAUUUCGAAAUGAAAACGUAAUAACGUUGUGAUGGUGUAGAAUUUUUUGUAAAUUUUUUAUUAAUGCACAAUAGGUCGAUGCGCAUGCGCUAAAUUUGGCGGGAUCGCAUUCUGCCCAUGUGGCCCAUGUGGCUCAUCAAACCGUUUCGUCGGGUUUUUUCGUGCAAGAAUAUUCUCGUUUAAUCAGAUUAUAACGCGUUUAAUGGAUCUAUCGUGGCAAAACCUAAGCUAGUAAUGUUCAAGAAAUAGUUGACGAUAUUUUUAGAACGAGCAACGAUACAAUUCGUUGCCUCGUUCGUUUGCGAUGUCGUUGCGCAGAUAAACACUAAAAAAACAAGCUGUUUUUAUAGCACUUACUGUGAUAAACUUUAGGUGAAAAUGUAUUGCGUAGCAUGCAAUCUAACGACACAAGCGACGAAAGCUCGCAUUUUUCUUCGAUCGAUUAUAUAAAUCAUAGAUUGUACCGGUAUUUUUAUCGGAUGUUUAUCGAACGUGAAAUUCCUUAAGGCUCUUCAAAAAUGCGUUCAAAAUUAAAAAUACACCCGAGAACACGGUGAAAUCGAGACCAAGAGCACGUCGAUUCCUCGGCAUGGCUUCACGACGCAUUCUCAGUCCGGAGCCAGUUUCGCCAUCUAUCGACAAAGAAAACAAUAGUCCAUGCAAUGCCGCCAGCCCACAAAAGUUCGCCGGUGCAAAGAAGAUUCGUUAUCCAUUGGAAGACUGUGAUCCAAACAGUCAAGACAGUGGAUACGGGACUAGUUAUCCGGAGAAGGAAGAAAAGCCGCGGCAGACGUUUCGAUUCGUUGAACCAUUGGCUGUCGCUCCUCGGCGGAUGUCGAUCGAAUGCCGCAGCCCGAUGAAAUCGCCUGUACCAUGUUCGCCACAGCGGACGCGAAUCGCGCGAUCUUCCUUAUUCCGAAGCGUCUCCUCCGGUUACGAGAGCAUGGACGACGGUUUCAACGAUUUAAUCGACGUCGAGACUCUGGACGACGCGACCCAACUGCCGAACGGGAUUUCGACUCUUCUUUGCGGUGAUAUCGUCGGUAGUAGUACGAUCACUGACACCGGCUUGACGAGCCUGCUCGAUGACGCUUCACCGUUCAAUGUCGGCUCGAGCAAUCCAACCACCCCAGAGUUUGCUCGUACCGAUUGCACCAAGAAUUUCCGAAGAUCCUUGUCGUUGCAAAACGAUAGGCCGGAAGUUCGCAAACGACCAUCCCUUUCGAAAGUACGCUCCUGUUUGUUUCGAUCACCGAGCGGUAACUCGCCCACCGUAAAUUCGCCUUUCGAAGAUAACCGGUCAGCGAUGUUCCGUCGUCGACGAUUCGGCGGCGAUUACAACGUUCUCAGCGAUUACCGUCGGGAAAAUACGAACAAUGAUUACGAGUCUCCGUCGUCGGUGAAAGCUUUCAAACGACCGGAUCCACCGAUCGACGAGAGCCCGACGUUAGCGAAAAGAUCUCGGAGAUCGAGCGGUUGUAACUUUUUCGAUAUUGUAAGAAACAUGGACGCCGACGAAAUGGUCGUGUCCAAUUCAAGGCCAGUAAUUCUGCAGAGAAGCGUUUCCAUGACGGCGCCUUCGACCGUGACGGUAGCGGACAUAGAGAUGGGGAUGGAAAUAGAGAUAACGAGAAAUGGAGAAACGACCGAUUCGGAGAAGCACGCGCACAUUAAAUCGGCUAUUCAUCGCAGCACCACCGAUACCGAUCUUACCGGAGACUUUAGUAAACCGUGCGUUCUACCUUUGGCUACCGGUCAUCACGAUGAUUUGAAAUCGAUUUCGACCAAUACGUUAGCCGCCUUGAUACGCGGAGAAUUCAACGAUCGAAUCGGUUCAUUCCAAAUCGUUGAUUGCCGUUAUCCUUACGAGUACGAUGCCGGUCAUAUCGAUGGUGCUCUCAAUUUGUACAGUAAAGAUCUGAUCGAGCGGAUCUUGUUGGAUCCUUUGACGAACACGCCGAAAAUUCAGCCGGAUUCGAACAAGAGAAAUAUUCUGGUAUUCCACUGCGAAUUCUCGUGGGAACGUGGACCGAAUCUCUCGCGGUUUCUACGAAACUUGGAUCGACAAAGGAACAAGGAACAUUACCCCGCGUUGCAUUAUCCGGAAGUUUACCUCUUGCACGGUGGAUACGAACAAUUUUACAGAGAACAGAAGGGAUUGUGCUCGCCGCAGGGUUACAGACCGAUGAGACAUCCCGAUCACGAGGCCGAUCUUCGACAAUUUCGCAAUAAAAGCAAAAGCUGGCAAGGUGAAAGAUCGAGAAUCACCGGUUCCGUCACUCGGUCCAAUCUCAAACGUUUAGGUUUCUGAAACUGUUUGUCCGUUUCUCGUUGCUUGUAUUCUUCUUCUUUCCUCUUAUAUACGAUCGAUGCUUGUCGAUGCAGCUGACAAUAAGUAAAACAUGAGAAGGAGGGGAAGUUUGUAGGCCCGAUAAAAAUGUACUCGGAAAAGUGCAACUGUUGUUAGUAACGCUCGUAUCUGUACUUUGUAUGUAAAUAGUAGAUUAAUUCGAGUACAAGAAAUCGUAAAGCGUUUGCUUUCAGCGACGAAUGACAACGAACAAACGAACGUAACGCGAUGUCGCCACGAACAUGAUUGUUAGUACGUCCUUUUUUGUAAUCACGGGUUAUCAGUUUCGUAAUGUGUGCACGUAACAGCUAGUAAGGCCUAAUAGCAAGUUACGUUUUCGGGUUACGUGUCGUCAGACUUUUCUCCAGAUCUCGGGACGUUGACGCGCAAAUUAUUCCGCUAUUCUUUUUAGCGGCGUCCGCGUUUCGUGCUAUUUCGUAUCGCCAAAGUUUAGCAUGUAUCUCUACUCGCGUGCGUGUAAAAAAUGAUAAAUACAUAUAUAUGUAGACAUUAUGUGUUAAGUAAGAAAAAGAACGCGAGGAAGUCAUUUAUAAAGAGAUUAAAGCGUUUCCGAAAGUGCAAAUUCCAUGCGAUGUAUUUCUGUAUAUAUUAUAUAUAUGUGUGUGUGUGUGUGUGUGUAUGUAUGAAUGAGAUAAAAGAUGUACGAUGUAGCGACAUACGCAUGUACAUACACCCUACCGCGAAAGUAUUCGUUCACCGUUUAAAUGAGAAUACCUUGAUUAAAAUUGGACCAAAUGACUUCAGGUUUCUCGAGAAGCUAUAGAAAUUAAUUUACUAAGAUAUGUGCCUUUAUCGUUUUAAAAAAUUACAAUUUGUUGAAAUCGUGAAAAAAAAUAGUGAAGG